UCUGGGUGUUGCGUUCGCAACGACGGUGGUGGAUGCUUUCAGACCAGUCGACGAGGCUGCUCGCACACACUCUCCACCUGGCUGAAGUAUAGUCCAGAUAGCCCCAGGCUUUCGGCAUUAUCGCCAACUACAAAGCCGAUUCUUGGCCAGUCACUUCAACCAAAUUAUGUUUUCCAUCGACAGUAUCUACCAGCAAUCGUAGGUACUGAAGCACAGCCGUUUUACCAGCAAGUAAACCGGCCUGCGAAGAUUCCUUAUCUGGAGAAGGAGUCGAAAAUGGAGGUCACGGGACGGACAAUUGGGCUGGCGGGCAGAAACAAGAUUAAAUGGAAACCAUUGCGAUCACAGAUUUCCAAAGACCACAGUCAUUCUCUUUCCAGUGCUAAUUCUCAUCUGCUGCCUCUCUUGCGUUAUAAUCCAGAGUAUUAUAUCGUCGAUCUCAAAACCAACGCCUCUUUCACUAAACUAUACACUUCUACAAAUAUGGUACCCUUUUUCGGCCGCUCGGAGACUCCGCUGCAGCCUGAUCACGAUUUACGUCGGCGGGGAUCUGCAGAUUCUGAUGCAUAUCUUUUUUCAGAGUCUUUGAAACUGAAGGAUCCUCCUAGAAUCUUCUCGGAUGUCGAGCCUUACUCAUUACAUUCCAAGGCUCUUGGAUCCACAGGUUCAGGAACUCUCACCAAGCUGUCUAGACAACUACGCAAAUUGAAUCGGUCGUUAGGCUGGUCACUGGAAGGAGGCAUUUUCAGGCCAAAAAUAGCUCUGAUGGAAGCAAAAAAUGAGAAAAAUCAAAUUAAUCGCGGACUUCUGAGAGUUGGGGGGUCGGAUGCGUUAGAAGAUUAUUACAUUGACACAUUUCUUUCAUCUGUGACGUCCCAAAAUUUGGUGGCAGGUGAUUCCAAAAUUAUCGGCAGUCAGUUUAGCAAAAGCAGGACUGAUGCUCGUGGUGAUUGGUCUGUGGCCCGAGAUCCGAGGAGCUCCAGUGCUGGAAAAGAGCGCCAGAUAGGUCCCGUUUGCGGCCUCGACCCCGAUUUCUGCCUCGAUCCCCAGUCCGUUGGUGCCUUUGCCUGGUCUCUAGAGGAUGUGACCAAGUGGCCGGUGAGCGUCCGCCCAAUCAGUCAAAUUUCACAAUUAAAUUGA